UCGUAGUGCCGGUCCAAAAGAUUUUAAGUUUCUGGGGAAAGUAGAAAGAAUGUUUUCGUUACGAUUAAUUGGUUCGCGAUGUAUAUCUACAACCCGCGUUUAUCCGUCUGUAACCUCUCUAAAAAAACACGCUUAUAAAAGUCGGCAGGUCGUUAGUGAACCACAAUUGCUCCACAGCAUCAGUAUUCGCGCACUUUGUACAGCCGGAAACUCUGGAAGCAAUGAAACAGAUACUCGAGUGUACUACGGAACGCUGACACCUCAGAUACGAGCUGUAAAGGUGUUUUCUUUGGCCACUAGCAUAGGUGGCAUAUUGGCACAGCCGAUUUUACUUGAGCAAGCCAGCAAAAUUGGUGGCAUGCCAAUGAUAGUAGCGGUAUGCGGAUUUGCUGGUUUCUUCACCUUCAUAACGCCGAUUUUAUUGCACUUGGUUACAAAGCGAUAUGUCACAGAACUAAACUACGACCCAAGGAAACAAGAGUAUGCUGCCGUAACGAUAACUUUUUUCCUUCGACGAGAAAUGACUCACUUCAAAGUAGAAGACGUCGUGGUACCGGAAAUGGGUGGACUAUUUACCACGUUCAUCGUGAAGAAUAAGGCCAUGUUUGUCGAUCCACAGAUGUUUCCAGAUCCGACGCACUACAUCAAAAUUAUGGGCUAUGAUAAACCCAUCGAUUUUAAGUUCGAUGAAGCUCGUCGGUUAGAAAGCAUCGAGGAAGAGAACCCCAAAAAGAACCGAUAAUUGAUAUUGA